UUUAUCAACAAGAGAUGAAAUAAUGGCCGACAAACUGUCCUUUCUUGUUAUCUCGGUGAUAAUUUCGUACGUGGUUGCAGACUGUCCAAAUGGUUUCACAAGACAUGACGAGUCCUGUUACGUCAUCAACCGUGUCUUAGCGACGUGGGCUCAAGCCAGUAUUUACUGUCAUGCUAUUCAAGCUGAAUUGGUUUCCAUAGAAAGCCAGGUUGAGGACAACUUCCUGCGAGGAUAUCUACAAAAUCAAGGAUCAAAAUAUGACCAUCCCCGGUUCUGGGUCGGGGGUAGUGACCUCCUACAGGAGGGGGAGUGGACAUGGACCAAGACCGGAAGCGUGAUCGGAUCCCAGGGGUUCUCCCACUGGGCCCCCGGUCAGCCGAACAAUGGUGGUCAUUUGGACGAACACUGUAUGGAGCUGGAGGCCGGAACUAAUUGGUUGUGGAACGAUGACGAAUGCGAGAAUCGCAAAAACUUUAUUUGUGAGAAACCGCUUUACGAUACAACAAUCAUUGGAUGAACAUUUUAAAAAUUAAACUAAU